UUCUAUUCAGAGGUUUAUUGACUGCUGUCCUUUGCUUGAAGAAUUGAUACUGAAUUUUGAUCAUUUAAGCAACAUGGAUGGAGUUCUUGAUAUUUCUAGUCUUUUACUUAGAAAACUCGAACUGGGAUGCUUGGAAGGUGAGUUUAGUGUUGUUUUGAAGUUGACCCAUCUUGAAUAUCUAGAAUUCAUGGACUACGGAAAUCAUAAAGUUUAUCUAGAUACGCCAAAUGUUAAGUAUUUCAAGUAUACUGGUUAUGCUUCUGAUAUCAGUUUCGUCCGGAAUAUGUCGUCUCUUGUUAGAGCCACGAUAGGGCUAGAGUUUAAUCCAGAAGAAAUAACUGAAAGCAGUUUGUUGGUGCGAAGUCAGCGAGGUUUUGAGCUUAUUAAGGGGUUGCAAAGUGUGAAAUCACUUCAUUUAUAUGGGCAGAGUCUGCAGAUGGUCUAUUAUUGUCAACAAUCAUUGCCGACUUUCAGCAAAUUGAAGAGUUUGGAGCUCGAUACCUCUAUUGAUGGUGACUUUGAUCAUGUUCUGUUCUGGAAAGUGGUACCAAGCUUACUGGAAAUUGCUCCUAACCUUGAAGUGCUCAUCUUUCCUUUUGUGUAUAGGUACGAGCUAUAUGUAGAAGAAUUUAGCUGCUUUUGGCCAAAGACUAUUCCAGCAUCCUUCAUACAACAUCUCAAGGAGAUAGAAAUCGAACAUUUCAGGGGGCAGGAAGAUCAGUUCAAGCUAGUUGAGUACCUUUUGGAGAAUGGAAAAUCUUUAAAGAAGAUGACUGUUGGUGUUGUUAUAAAGCCUUGGUUGUCUUGGUCAGAAGAGUGCAACAGGAUAUUGUCAUUCCGAAAAUGUUCCAAGGAUUGCCAGGUUGUAUUUGUUAGGACAUAUGAUUGGGACUGAGCAUUCACGUUGUUAGCUCUAAUUACUGGUCUGAGAAAUUAAAUUCUCUUGCUUUCAUGCUUUUUUGCUUGUUUAUCUUGUAUUUUGUGAGGUAGGUUGCCAUUUGGCUGCAAAUGCAAUGACUUAUC